GGGAAGGAAGAGAGUAAGGAAGCAGAAAGGAGGAGAAGGGAGUGGAAGUGCAGAGAGGUAGGACUGAGGAAGCGAGGCGACGUGAGGUUUUGGGCCCCCUAGCAAACUAGCGAUGGCGUCGGCAAAUCCGCAAGUCGCAGGAGGUGCUGGCUCUAGCGAAGAGGAAGGAGAGGAGAGGAAUGUGAUCCUGUAUGAGAAAUUCAAGCUAGUGGAGUGUCGAAUGCAAGAUGGAAACGAGAACGAGGAUGGCGGAGGCUCAUCAGAGGCUGGAUCAGAAAGUGGGACUUCUGGUGGUGGUGUUGUUGGUGGAGUUGGGUCCAAGGUAUGGCAGCUCAUGCCAGGUCCACGGGGUGUAUCUGCUCCUGUCCCUGGCAAGGGUGUCGGUAAAGCUAUUGCGAUCUCGCCAUGCGGCCAGUACGUUGCUGUCCUGUAUGGAAAUGGCGUUUGGAUUUUUAAUAAAUCGGGCGAGUUCAAGAAACCGUGUGGAAGCUUCAAAGGUGACUAUAUCAGCGAGCUGGAAAGAACGGGGUUGGAGGGGGCGGCAGGCAAGGGUGGGUACGAGUUGCUGGUGCUUGGGCAAGACAAGAUGCUUUAUCGCCUUCCUAUUGUUCCAGCGGGGUCACCAACCAGCGGUCCUGCUCCUGUGGCUUAUCCAAAAUUACAGCUGGGAAAGCAGCAUCCUUCAGGUGUGAUGUGCAUGACUUUCUUGCCAGCGCGCUCGCUCCUUGUCGUUGUUGGCCCCGGAGCAAGCACACCAGAUGCUGCGGCUUCUGCCGGAGGCGGACAACAAUGCGCUCUCUCCGUUUCCUUCUGGACGCUGACCGAUUCAUCACCCUUCUCGACCGUGAUCAGUCACACACCCGUCCCACGAAGCUGGCGUGCGCCUGGCCUUGGGCAGUCAUGGCUCAGGUUGGGUGCCGGAGGGCGUCCUGCAAAUGAAACCUCAUGCACUCCGAAGGCAGUGUUCUCGCCGAAUGGGAAAACAGUCGCAUGUGUCGAUCAGCAGGGUAACCUGCAUCUCCUAGAGAUGAAAAUGGAAAUCGACACAAAGCCGUCUGUGGCUUUCAUCAAGCUGGGAAAAUCUCCUUCUCCUGUAGCGCAAGGAAGUAGCGACAAGGACACGGAGGUCGGGAAGAGCGGCUCUUGGGAUGUUAAGGAUGUGGACGACAUUGGUUGGUGGUCAGAUCAGGCAUUGAUAAUUGCAGGGACGUCUGGCAUCCUGUCGGUAAGCACAGUCCCAGAUCUAGUGAAUAUUCUCGGUAAAACCCGGGAGGUUUUCCAGCCUCAUCUCUGUGUAACACAAGGAGUGCGUGGACGGAUUUUUGUCCUCGAUGAUAUCAAGAAGGAAGAAGAGGCGACGGCAACAGGAGGAAAAACAGAUGAUGUUUGUUCUCGUAAAGAAGCCAAAGAAGGACCUGACAAGAAUGACAAAGGAAAUGCGGACAAGGAGGACGAGGAGAAAGACGAAGAGGAGGAGGAAGAGGAAGAUGAUGAGCUGCAAGGUGGGCGAAUGUCUGGACUGUCGAAAUGGAUACCUUGGGGUGGGAGAGAGAAGGCUGAUGCGGGCAAUGAUAGUAAGAGUGACAUGACGACACAGGGAUGGCGCCUCGUGUCCUUGGUCGAGCAAACGCCUUCGCAGAUGCUGAGGAUUCACCUUGCUGCUGGAGAAUUUGAGUCUGCGUUAAAGCUUGCACGGAAGUUUGACUUGGAUGCUGGGGAUGUGUACAAGGCCAGGUGGCUGAAAUCCGAUGGCGGAAAAGACAGCAUUCAUGACAAUCUGCCAAAGAUCAAGGACAGGGAUUGGGUUCUGAAGGAAUGUCUCAGGAGGGUGAGCUCCAAUGCUGGGAGUACGAUGGCACUCUUGCAAUAUGGUCUCUUAGAGACGGAAAAGUUCCGCGUAUGGGAGGAAGAAGGAGAGAGCGAUGAAACAAGGGAGAAUGUGUCGGAGUCCAGCGGUGAUGAAGUGCCCAGAAAGUGGUGGUAUAGACGACAAAGACUGCGGCUCCUUCAGUACAGGGAUCGGAUGGAAACCUUCUUGGCCGUGAACCUUAACAGGUACGUUUCUGAAGAGUAUUUGAAGUUUCGUGCGUGCGACCUUCCCAAGGCUGCCGUUCAGUUUGCCCAACACGGAAUGAUAAGCACACUAGAGCAUCUUUUCAAGCGGCAUGCUCUCACACUGUCGCCAUCGAUCUUGAAGAUCUUGGACAACCUACCAGAGACCCUCCCCCCUUACACAUAUAGAGCAAUCCUUCCUGCAGUUAACCCAGAUGUUCCCGGCCCUCUUCGGCCCGUUGACUGGGUUGAGAAGGCAGAAAUUCUAGAGAAAUUGACUCAAAUGGGCCUGCUGGAGGAUGCAGAUGAGGGAGCGAAAGCUGUUGGCAUUGAUGUCUGCACUGAGGAAAUGGUGAGAAUCACAAAGGGAGUGGUUUGGCCGCCGAAAGAGACGACUGAAGACUGGUACAGGGCAAGGGCCCGAAAGAUUGAUGAGAUGAGCGGUCAGCUUGAACAUAGCUUGUCAUUGCUCGAUUUGGGAAUACAGAGGGGUUUUGAGGGGUUGGUGCCAUUCUUAGAAAUGUUAUCCGAUCUUCAUGGCGUUGUUUAUGGGGCUUCCGCGGAGGAAACUGGCGAGGGGGGAGGCAUGGAGCUGUCCCUGUCAAUGUGGGAGGAUAUGGGGAAUUACGAAAAGUUCUGCAUCAUCAUGCGCGGUGUGAACGCCAAGAAUGCCGUGGAGAGGUUGCGGGAGAGAGGUUUCGCAUUCCUGAAAAGGGUCGGAAGGACUGAAGCAGGACCAGAGAGUGACGCACUUGAAGUCAAAUCAGACACUCCUGCUUGGAAGAACUCGAUGCUCGGUCAAUGGUUGGUAGAGAGAGCGCACGAAGGAAAGAUUGAUCUGUGUGCUCUGGUUUUGGAAGAGUUGGAGAGCUCUAAGGAAGUGGAGAGAGGGGCGUUUCUGAGCGAGAAAGAAUUCGGUGAGGUUGUGCUAGAUUGUGUCUACGGAUGUCCCACCUUGGGUGACUGGCAGUGGAUGUCUGCCAUUCUUCAACAAGUGCCGCGACGGAAAACUAUGAAGCAGAAGGGGAACGGUAAAGGGGAGGAUAGAGUUGCCCCUGUUCUGGGCCGAUUGCUGCGGAGGGGAGUUCUAAUGCGUAGAGGCGGAGAAGAGGAAGUCCAAGGAGCACCUGAGGUUCCUGGGGAGUUUGAGGCAGGCCCUCUGCUUGGUGAGGUGGAGGAAGGCAGUGGCACGAAAGAUUGGGAGGUUGCUCUUCAUGAGAGAAUUGAACGCGCUGAAGGACAUGUUGAAGCGGGCCGUUUGCUUGCAUUGUACGAGGUUCCGAAGCAAGUGAGCUUCUUCCUUGUCUGCCAUGAAGAGGAGUCUGAGGUGAAGCAACUGCUGAGGAAGCUCAUCUCAUCACGGGCGAAUUUGCAGCCACCUUUGCCCGAUUCUGAAUGGGCAUCUUUGUGGGUGAACAUCAGGACUCUCCAUGAGCGUGCGUUUCCUUUUGUCAACCAGGAAUCGCUGCUGCUUGAGUUCUGCCGAGGAAUGCUUCGAGCUGGCAAGUUCUCGUUGGCGAAGAACUACGUAAGGGGGACAUCAGCCACAUCGCUUCCUCUUGGAGAUGCCGAGAAGCUUAUCAUUGACAUCAGCCAUGAGUAUUUCCGUAACUCGUCGUCAAUGGAGGACGCAGAUGUUGCCAAGGCAAGGCAAUGUCUGCAGUUGCUUUCACAAGACAGCGAAUUGGUGAAGUCGGAGCUUGACCUGAUCAAUGCAGUAUCAAUCAAGUUACCAGAGAUGGGUGUGAAGUUGUUGCCUUACGAAGUGCGAGAAGUGAGUGACCGCAUGGAACUCGUGCACUUGGCCCUCGCAACGGAUCCGACGGCGUAUCAAAGGAUGGACGAAGUGAAGAAAUUGGCGAGUCUGCUAGGCUUGAAGUCGGCAAUGGAUAGACUGGCAGUCGAGGCAGCAGUUGCAAGGCAGGCGGCCUCAUGUGGCGACGUUGGGACGGCCCAGUCGGUGUGUAUGCAGCUUAUUAUGGCAGGGUAUUCCGAGAUUUGGGACCUCUGUGGAGCUCUCGCGAGAGGAUCUGGCGGUGCAAAGCUGGACCUCGAAUCCGCCCGGUCCAUGCUUGGAUUUUCACUGUGCCAUUGUGACGAGGAUUCUGUCGCUGACUUGAUGGCAGCCUGGAAGGAAAUGGAUUUGAAGGAGGAAUACGGUGUGUUGAGGAGAGCCAUCGGACUGCAUGACAACGAACCAGAGGGUGAUGGAGAUUGCAAGGUUGAGGACGCGACUGCGGACUUGUGGGAUCGGGGACGAGUUGCUCUUUCUACCUUAGGUAUCUGUGUAGAUGGCAAUCGCAUGCCAGACGACAAGCCUGUUCCAAGGAGUGUUGCCAAAUUUGCGACCAACGAGCUGCUCUGGCUUAUGGACAUAAGGAAAACUUGCGGAGGUAGUGAGGAAAGAGUCGAUGUGGGAAUGGAGGCGCUGGCUAUGGCGGCUCAUUGGCUUGUCAACUUGGAGGCGAGUGUGGACGAAGCAAUUUUGGUGGAGGUGGGACGGCGGUUAAUCGACAUGUGUGGAGGGCGAGUAUGGGAUGAGCUUGGACUUAGCUACCUCCUGGCGGUGGAGCCCAGAGAAGGCGUGGUCUCUGUUCUGGAAGAACAAGUAGAGAGCCGCACUGAUUACGACAACCUCCAUCGCCUCCUCCUUAUGAUCCUGUACUACUGCUCAGUGCAAGCUCAGGUUGCUAGAGUCGACAAUGCCAAGGAGGUGCGAAGCAUCCUGAGUUGCUCUGCUACACAGCUGGCGGAAAGGGUGGUGCAUGCAGCGGAGGACGUUGGCCUGUCCGACUCAGAGGGUAUUGAUUGGUUGCCAAAGGUGAAGGCAACCCUGGGGAAACUUAGGGCAAUCAAGGACGCGCUCAGUCUUCAGGAUCUGAUCCCAGACAUUGCCGUUGGACGGUUCGCGACUGGGGACACGGAAUACAUUUCUGGCCAGAUUCUAUCACUGGUCGCAGGGCCUUUGACAGGCGAUACGGGAGUUGUAUUAGCCCGUGCGCUGAAUUUUGCUGAGACUUAUGGUGUUGACAAAUGGGAGGUUCUUAUGUCUCAUGCCGAGACACUCCUUUUGUCCGAUUGGCCGGUUGAAAGAGUCGAAGCAAUGCUUGCCAAUUCUCUAGAGGGCGUGCUGACAAGACCUGUGGAGGUCGUGAAGAGGUUGCAAUGCAGAGUGUACCCUCAGCUUAGUGGCAGCCAUCAUUCGCUUCUUCAGUGCUACUACUCCCUCAUUGAGAGCUGUUACACGGCAGUGAAGAAUGGAGUCGAGGGGUCUGGAGAGGCUCUGCCGAGCGGUAGUGCAGUUCUGGAAACUGGAGAAAGUUUGGAGGAUUGCCUGGCAAACGCACAGCGACUGAUCAUGGUGUGUGCAAAAGUGAAGGAAUCGAUUCCUGCUCUUGACCUGAAGAAGCUGGUGGUCGCAGCUGGAGCAGACCAUGUUGCUCCAGCGCGUGAAGCUGUUGAAGAGAUCAGGAAACAUGUGUCGCUGGACAACGUGGACUGCUUGGCGGAAGUGGUAGAGGACCUUGCAGCGGUUGUGAGAGGACAAGAGGAAAGGGUUGAGCCAAGUGGCAGGGCCGGUUCAAGCAAUGGACUGCCGUCAUCCAGUGCCGUCUUUCUGGCUAUGGUGGAGAAGGUUCUCUUUGAAGUUGGAGUUGACAGCGAAGAGAAUGUGCCAGAAGACCAGGGCCUCGGAUGGGAGGAUCGGUACAAAGCUUGCUGUUGCCAUUUGGCCAAGUUGGCUGCAAGCGAUCUUGUGAAUGUUCUUCGUUGGGUGAUGAAAGAGAGCAGGCGAGAUAUGGAACCAGAGGGUGAAGAGAGGACUGUGAAAUUCUGGGCUUGUGUCGCGGAUGAUGGACGAAACAUUUUCUGGAAUAAAAAGGAGGAGAUGGGGGAGGAAGGAAAACAGAUUGCGGCAUCUUUUACAGAGGCUGCAGUGUUUCUCAAAGUGGUGUCAGAAAUGUUGCAGAGUCAAAUGCUGACAAGGAAGCAGGCACAAGGAGUUAUGGAUGCGAUCCCGACCAUUGGAUCCGGGGGAGAAGCGGACCGUGUCCUUCGAGGCAUGGUUGUCAGUGGCUGCAGUCUGGAAACAGUGAUUAGGGUCAUGAGGGCGCUCGAAAGUGCACAGGCUGGGGAGGAGGGAGGGAGGUCAUGGAAUGUUAUGUCCCUGUACCUCGAGUCCUUGGAUGGAAGUUUGAAAAGAGGCAGGCAGCUGGAGGGUAUGCUUGGUGGGGGUAUAGGUGGGGAUUCCCUCUCAGGCAUGGGAGUUGUGCAGGGUGUGCUUGUUUCGUUGGCAGAGCAGCAACAAACAGAGUGGCUGGAGGUGGAAGAGCGAGACCGCAUUCGGCUGGGAAUUUGGGAGAGGCUCCGUUCAUUUGCCGACGACUUCACUGCCCCAAUGCGGAUGCGGAUACAGGUGCUGGAGCUCCUCGAGUCGUUGAGUUCACCCCAGGAAAGCGGGAAGGGGGGUUUUAGCCCUGACCUUGCUAAAGUUGACCGCAGUCUUGGAGGGUUAUGGGGAGAGUGGAAGCCCCCAGGUACAUUGUCAGAAGGUGGAUUGGGAGGCUUAAGCGAACAGGGAUCUUCGUUGUUGCUUCUCAGGUCGAUGGAUGUUGUGAGCUCUCUCUGGGAGGGAGUGGAGAUCCGGCUCACGGAUUUGCGAUCGAAUGAUGCUGCCGAAUUGCUCUUUUUGCGGUUAUUAGAAUGUCAGAAAACUCCCGAUCACUUGCGUGCGCUAGGCUCGCUGCUAGAGAUUUGGGGGGAGGUCUUCGACGAAAAGUCGGAUUAUGGCACGGAACAGAAGGAAGGUGCCGAAGAGGAAACCAAGCUUGAAGCCGAGGAAGCCGGUGACGAGGGAUGGGAGACAAUCGAGGAGCAUGAGACCGAUAUCAUCCCGGUCUAUGCACUUCACCGCUGCUGGUGUGUGCUUCUGGAGGAGAUGUCACAAAGAAAUUGCAGUCACUACGCGUUGCAGCUGCUUGACCGUGCAAAUGCGAGAGGGUGGUCGCUUCUCGCCCGCUUGACGGAGUCCGGUGUGGACCCGUUCACUGCUCAGCAAAGACGGAAGGUGCCAAUUGGCCUGGAGGAAGCUGAGGCUCUUCUAGAGAGGGUUUGCGCAGGAGAGGGAGGGAUAGUUUUGGCAGCGAAGAUGGGGCUCUUGCUUCCCUAUGCUCGCAUACACGAGCUCGUCUUGAAAAAGCUGUUGAUGGUGAUCGAGAAGGGCCGCGAAAGAGAGAGAGAGGAGUGGGAACGAGUUCCAAAGCGGGGCAUCAGAAGGGCAUCGAGCGGUGAGGAGAGCCCUGAGGGUGAAGGAGAGAAGCAUUGCCCUGAAGUUGUCAUCGAUUCAGACCUCGUGGUGCUGAUUCUCUUGUCGGGCAUGUUGGUGCCGAUUGCAGGUGAUCCCUCAAGGGCAGAGCUUUUCCAAAUGUUCUGCAAUGAGCUUGCCCCGCUCGCAUGGCAGCUGCGAAGUUUACUUGGUUCUGCACCCUGGAAGCAAGGGAACAAAGUCGCCACCUCCCUCCGCGGGUUGCUCUGUACAGUUGCGUUUCCAAUGACAGUGAUGGAAUUGACAGCCGGAAGGCUGCAUGGGCUUGCUGGAGCGCUCGUGCUGCAAUUCCUUCGCGUUCAUCCGUCUUUGAUGACGAUGGACGGCGCUUUUGAGGCCCUGAAGAGGUUCCUUAGCAAUCUUCAGGGCUGGCUAGACAUAGGCUCAAUGUCAGUUGGGGUGGAGUUCGGCGAUGACAGUCACAGCACUGAGCAGUUGUCGAAUCUCAAGGGCACGCUAGAGCAUUUGGCGAAGAUGUUCGCCGAACGACGGAAAGUUGCACUGGAAACCCUGAUCAAUGACAUGAAAUGAAUUGAUGCAAGGAAAAAUGUUGAAGCAGCUGGCGAGGUUUGAUGGCGUCUUGUGUUUAAAGAGCUUCGACGGCAUGGUUUACAUUGAUUUACUGACUCUGUUAUUUUGCGUUAAAAUUCUCAUGUAGCAAUGGCUGUCUAGUGUAUAGUUAGGUAGCAGCUCCGUGAAGGUAUAGGCGCUUGCUGAAUUCCCUGUGCUUAUGCUUCUAUGUUCUCUUGGUUGUGAAGUUGAAUCAACAAUAGUUUCUUUCAGCUAGUUCUACUCUUAGACUUGAAAGCCUUGCUCGUCCCUCGUCCACUAAUUUACAGUGUGGGCAAAUUAUACCUGCCUGCCCUUGUUCCACUUGUUUGCAGUGUGUUACUCAAAAGAUAAAACCCAUAAUAGUCU